AUGUCGGAUUCCGAAAUGCAGGACGCCCGUUCGGACAGCGACGGCGAGGAAUGGGAGAAUGCUGUCGGCACUAGAUUCAACGGAAAACAGUCGGGAUUAGUCGACUUUCCUAUGGAAAUGCUUCCAGCCAUGUUAGAUAACGAGCCUCCCGACGCAAUUGCCAUGGAGAGUGCACGGGCCUUGAAGGAGGAACCUGAGCGAAUGGUUCCCGAACUGGAGAAGAAAUUGGAAGACGUCGCAGCCAGACUGGAAGACUUGAAGCGGAUGCAAGUCGAACUGAUGGAGGACGCUGAGGUGCAGCGCACAAUGCUGCAAGGGUGCUGCAGGGUGCUUGCGCCGAUCCGACGCGUCCCGCUCGACAUUCUCUGCGAAAUAGCGCGCCAUUUGCUCCCUUCUGUACCGUCAGCCAAGAUCACAGAGGCCCCGCUCUCUUUGUCCCACGUCUCUUCUGCAUGGAGGAUGGCAGUGCUGUCGUCAGCGGAGCUGUGGUCGAAAUUGAAUGUGUAUAUCCCAAGUGCAACUCAUCUGCCCCGUUCUGCCGAGGGAAUUCGGAAGUGGUUCGAACGGGCGAGAGGACGCCCCUUGGAUCUAUCCCUACACCUCCACUUCCCUAUGGGGCGUCCAAGAGGACGGCGAUUACUCAACUUCCUCCUCGCAAUGAGCGACAUCACGCCACGAUUCCGACGGUUUUCCCUCUCAGUACCUGAAUUCGCGGAUUUCCUUCCUCAUCUCGUGGAAAUACCCUGGACAUUUCCGCAGCUCGAAUCGCUUUCUAUUUCCAGUACGACUGGACAAUUCUACAAUGAAGAUUACCUCGACAUCGUGGUACCGCCAGUUCUCAUGUUCAACUCGGCAACAAACCUUCGGACACUCGAAGUAUCAAAGGUUUUCGCGACGAUACCUGGAUCUCAUCUCAUUAUGCCAUGGGCUCGCUUGACGUCGGUCGAGCUGACAGAGGGACUGCCGCUCCUAGAAUGGAUUCGUGUCAUGGUGCUCUGCGAGCAGAUGACUUCCGGCGACUUCCUCGUCCGAGACAGCGAGGAAGAUGACCUUGACAUAGCGAAAUCCCAACCAAAGUACACUCACCCAAAUGUCGAGACGCUCAAGGUCACCAUCCUCUACACCCACCCCCUCAUUGUCGAACUACUCUCCUUAUUUAACCUCCCAAGACUGCAUUCCUUGACCGUAGCGCAUGAAGAGGCCAUCGAAGACUACCCCGAUGGACCUCCGAACCUUUUCCCAGAGUUUUCGAACCUUCAAUACCUCUCGCUGUCAGAUUGCAUACCGACGGCCAACCUUAUCGCCAUACUACGUGAAACAACGAACUUGCACACGUUCGAAUUCAACAGCUCCAGCAGCUUCGCCUAUCCUGAUCCCCUGUACUGCGCGAUGUCCUUGAGGGCUUCGCCCGCCAUCCUCUCCAAACUCGCCGUUUUCAAGCUUCUCCUGCCAGAUUGCUGGGAUCCCGAGUACGACUUGACCCUGCUUAUCUCCAUGGUGGAGUCUCGGUACCUCGCGGUGCCCAGCGGCCUCUCUCCGUUGCAAGAGCUCUCCUUGUCAUACCCCUUCCCUCAGUUGACGCAGGCUUUGGCGCCGUUUGGGGGGGCUGGGCUGAAUAUAUCGUAUCUGCAUGACUAUUGA